AUGGUGCUCGUAUCUCGACCGACAGCGCUGGGUCUCUUGCUGCACGCGGCGGUCGCGGCAGGUGCACUUACCUGCGUCCGUGAUCCGUCCAUCAAAAGCGCCGUCGGCAACUGGUGCAUGUGCCAGCCGUGCCAUCUCUGCGAAUAUUCGCUCUUCAAGGGGUGCCAGCCCAUGACACAGAACGCCAUUUCGCUCUCGAACGGGUCAGACAUGCCCUCCAAGCAGCCGAUUGUGGACCCGGCGGCGUGGUUUCUCUCUGAAGCCGAGCUCACGCGCAGCCGCGGCGGCGUGCCCCGGUCGUCGCUGGCGACGGCGACAUCCGGUAACCUCGUCGACGUCUACCCCGACACGAGCAGCGC